AGUAGCAUCUUCGUCACCAAUACGUGUCUACUACGCGCGUCUAUCUUGUUCCUCAAUUCAUUCUUCUCAUUUUUUUUGGUCAUAGUCAAAGUAAUAACAAACCCUUGUUUUCCGAAUCUUGAAUUAGAACAACUCUUUCUCUCACACUCAACCAUAAUCAAAAACCUCCUUAAUCUUCUUCUUCUUCUUGGUAAGAAUCUUCUCUCUAUUUCCCUCUCUCGAGUUGUUUACAUCAUCAAUUUCAGUUUUUAUCCCAAUUUCAAAUUAGGGUUUUUAUUGUGUUGUCUCAGUAAGGGAAAAGAUGAGGAAUUAAGGCGUUGGGUCUGGAUUUUUUCAUCUUUUCCGUCAUAAAGUUUGUUCUUUUUGUGCAUAGUUUGUUCAAAAUUUCAUUUUUAGUUUGUUUGGUCUUCUGGGUAUAGAUGAGGUUUAAUUUCAGUAAUUUGUACAAAUCUAUGGCUGUAAAAUUGUAACCUUUGUAGGAAUUAGGGUUCUGGCUUAGGUCAAAGCCUUAAAAAAAAUUUCGUUGAAUUUUGAUUUUGUUCAUCAAAAUAGUUAAAAAUUGAAAAUGUCUUCUGCUGGUGUAACUACUCUUAGUCCUGUUUCGAGGGAGACAUUGUUGUCUCCGACAAAUGGGUUAUGUAAUCCAUUGCACUUGUCUGUGGAUCAGCAUGAGUUUAUCUUCGUGUAUCUUUCGUAUUCGGGGUCUAUGUCUCCUAUGCGUGUUCUGCCCUCUGAUACAGUUGAAUCUGUGAAACUCAAAAUCCAGAGGAAUGAGGGUGUGACAAACAAACAGAAGUUGGUUUGUAAUGGGCGUGAGUUGUCGCGGAGCAAUUCUCUGCUUAAAGACUAUGGAGUUACGGAAGGAAAUGUUUUGCAUUUGGUGAUUCGGCUGACGGAUCUUCAGACUAUUAGUGUGAAGACUUGUUCUGGGAAGGAGUUUUCGUUUCAGGUUGAGAGAUGCAAGGAUGUUGGAUAUGUGAAGCAACAGAUUGCGAAAAGGGAGAAAGAGUUUGCUGAUCCUGAACAGCAGGAGGUUGUGUGUAACGGGGAGCUGCUUGAGGAUCAGAAGCUUAUUGAUGAUAUCUGUUGCAAAUAUAAUGAUGCAGUGAUACAUCUUUUUGUUAGGACAAAAUAUGCGGAUGUUAGUACAGGACUUGAUGAGUUGUCCAUCGAAGCAAAAGAAUUGAAUGAUGCUAAUGAAAGUGACUAUGCGAGUAAAUAUGAAGAUGCGGCAAGGGAGUAUGAAGCUAUCAAGCAGAUUAUGUCGAGGAAAGCUCUUGAUAGAGGUCUUCUUUUGGAGCCGGUCAUUGUUAACCCUAAAGUUGAAUUAACUUCAGAGGUUUGGGAUAUGAUAAACUCUACAUAUGAUGGGCUAGAUAGCGGAAAUUCUCCAAUCAGAUCGUCAGAAGGCACAGGUGGGGCUUACUUUAUGCUAGAUUCAACCGGGCAAAAAUAUAUAUCUGUUUUUAAGCCUAUUGAUGAAGAGCCAAUGGCUAUGAAUAACCCUAGAGGCUUACCUUUGUCAUUAGAUGGCGAAGGCUUAAAAAAGGGUACAAGAGUUGGCCAAGGAGCUUUCAGGGAAGUUGCUGCUUAUAUUUUGGACCAUCCAAUGAGUGGCCGCCGAUCAUUAUUUGGUGAUGGGAAGGGCUUUGCCGGUGUUCCGCCGACUGUUAUGGCGAAGUCCUUGCAUAAAGGAUAUAACCAUCCAGAGGGUUUGACUGCUAAAUUUGGUUCCUUGCAAAUGUUCAUGGAGAAUAAUGGGAGUUGCGAGGAUAUGGGACCUGGUGCUUUUCCGGUGAAGGAAGUGCAUAAAAUUACUGUGCUUGACAUGAGACUUGCUAAUGCAGACAGGCAUGCUGGGAAUAUUUUGAUUGGCAGAGAGAAGGAAAAUGAUCAGGCUGUUUUGAUUCCAAUCGAUCAUGGAUACUGCCUUCCUACUAGUUUUGAAGACUGUACCUUUGAAUGGCUUUAUUGGCCUCAAGCUCGCCAGCCGUACUCUCCAGAGAUCAUCGAGUACAUAGAGUCACUUGAUGCUGAAGAAGAUAUUGCCCUUCUGAAGUUUCACGGAUGGGAUCUGCCACUUGAAUGCGCGCGUACUCUCCGAAUCUCGACCAUGCUUCUGAAAAAAGGAGUGGAAAAAGGGAUGACCCCUUUCGCCAUUGGAAGCCUAAUGUGCCGAGAAUCCUUGAACAACGAGUCUGUGAUUGAAGGAAUUGUUAAAACAGCACAUGAUUCUGUUCUUCCUGGUACUAGUGAAGCUACUUUCAUGGACGCCGUUUCUGAAAUUAUAGACCAACAUCUUGAGAAAGUCACCAGCAAUUAUAAUUCUUAAUUGAAGUUGAAAUCUGCAAUAGAAUUUGGUAUGUGUAUGUACACAUGUACACAUGUAUUCUAGUACAUAACUAUAGUUAAUGAUUGUGUUUGUUUUUUUUCUUCAUUGUUUUCAAAGUAAUGGGUAAUGACUCCCUUGGUCUUAUAACACAUUCUUUCAUCAAA